UGCUGCAAAGCAGCUCACGAGAAACGAAAAAAAAAAUAACACUUGUGCUCGAAAAAAACACUCCAGAGGGAAUGAAAAUAUUCAGAUCGGAUUCUGCCGCUGUUUUUUUUCUCUACCCCCACCUCCCAUCCGUCGGUAUUACAUGACGUCUGCCUUGUUAAGUUGGGCCAACUCGAACCGCAGACUGCACACACACACACGUACAGCCAAAGCCCUUCCCCAAGCCCAGCCCUGUUCUUCCCUUCCAAACAAACACACACCAGCUGCGGAUUGCUCCGUUUCACAAAGCGGCACAUUGAGGCUCCGAGCCUCCCAAAAACAUAAAGGGCAUGCAAACCCCUCUGCCCUACCUCCCCCACACAAACGGCCACGCAAGCUCAACCCACUCACAAACAGCGUUCGCUCUCUUGAUUUGUCCAGCCGCAGCUCGACUCUCGGCACACACCCCUUGGUCUUCUCCCCCACCCCCGAGUCCCGACUGACUGACGCCCUUCAGACAGCCGCACUUAUUAAACUUUUACUCUGUGGGUCUCGGGGCGACGUGCAUAACUGCUUUUCAGAGUCUCCGUCUCGCAGAGAGAGAGAGAGCGACAGCGACCGUGCAACCCUUCCCCUCCCCGCCACCACCCCCGACAUUCACCACCCCACCACCACCACCUCCAAGCAAGUCUGGCUCGUCUGGGUUAUUUCAAGUUCGCUGCAUGAAAAUUGUGGUCUGGCAAGAGACCUGAUUCACGGAGCUCACUUAAUUAAUCUGGGAGUUCGGUUUGGGGGUGCGCCCUUCAAGCCUCUGUGUGUGCAGACCGUCUCAAACAGGAGCUUCAUCAGAGCCGUCGGGAAGGCGGAGAAGAAGCAGCAGCAGCAGCAGCGGCGGCGGCGGUCGUUGUUGAACUUUUGAAAACAAAGACGGCUCACGCCACCCACCACCCCGCUCCGCAUACCCAGCCACCCGAAACCCCACACUACUGCUCAUCUGCCACCGCCCCCCACACACACACACUUUCCCCCGUUGCACCGAGAGACCGACCGGCGGCAGCUGUUGUGGUUCCGGGCCGACCAACCGAGCGGGCGGACGAUCAAAAGGAGAACCAACACGUGAAAGGACACCCGAGGGUCGCGCGCACCCGCAGGCAUGCGGCCCGCGGGCCCCCGAACACACGCGACCCUCGUGCCGCUGGCCGUGACCCUUCUGGCCGCCCUGGGUGUUGGGGCGCUCGCUGCAGGUGACCUCCCCGACAGCCGCCCCUGGGACUCGGCCGACGCGACUUCGAGCCCAGGAGCAGCGGCGCUGGACGACUACGAGAUUGUCCACCCUGUCCGCGUUGCCGCCUCGGGCUGCUUCCUGUCCCACCGUGUGAGCCACCAUGCCCGGCCACCCCACAACCGUAGCCCGAAGCGCCGGCACGCUCACUCCGGCGAUCAGCCAGCCGGCACGGACCCCCCAAACCCGCCGAGCCUGCCGAAACCCCCGGAGCCUCUGUCGGUCUUCUACAACCUGAGCGUGGGCGGGCAGCACCUCCACCUGCGUAUGGAGCUCAACCGAGGCCUGCUUGCGCCCGGGUUCCUGCUGGAGCGCCGAAUGGACGGGCGCACGGGGGGCCCGGCUGGCGUCAUGACGAACCGGUCUGCGAGGGUCAGCCUGGAGCGGCCCCGCAAGGGGAACACGUGCCACUUCCUAGGCCGGGUGCUGGAGGGAGGCAAGGAUCUGGGCCACGCCGCCAUCAGCACCUGCGCUGGCCUGACGGGGCUGAUUCGGCUGCCUCGGGGCGACUACUUCAUCGAGCCUCUCACGGAGCCUCCCGGCCAGGGGACCAGCCAAGGGCGGCCGCACGCCGUCUACCGCCGGCACGCCGGGGCCAGCAGCCCUCUGCGCGCCAACCGGACGUGCGCCGUGCCAGACUCGCCGGUGGAGGCGAACCGGGUGGAGCUGCACCGCGAGCGCUGGGAGGAGCGGCGGAGGCGGGCGAUGGUGCCGGGGAGGAAGAUCGUGGGGCGCUCGCGGGAGGUCAGCCACGAGCGCUGGGUGGAGGCCCUCGUCGUCGCCGAUGACAAAAUGGUGGACUACCACCGUAAGGGCAGCACCGAGGCCUACGUCUUCACCAUCAUGAAUAUGGUCGCUGGAUUGUUUCGUGAACCGAGCAUCGGGAACCUCAUCAAGGUGGUCCUGGUGCGAGUGAUCCUUCUUGAGCAAGAGGAGCAAGACCUGAAGAUCGUCACGAAUGCUGAGAAAACUCUGGCCAGCUUUUGCAAGUGGCAGAAAAACAUUAAUGUCGGAGAUGAUUCACACCCAAACCAUCACGAUGUGGCCAUUCUUCUCACCAGGAGGGAGCUGUGCGCGGGGCGGGGUGAACCGUGCGGGACCCUGGGUCUGUCGCACCUCUCGGGGAUGUGCGUCCCGCAGCGCAGCUGCAACGUGAACCAGGACAUGGGCCUGCCCCUCGUCUACACGGUGGCGCACGAGCUGGGGCACAACCUGGGCAUGCGCCACGACGGGCAGGGCAACGAUUGCGAGCCCGGGGCGUUGGGCCACCCGCUCGUCAUGGCACCGCACAUCGUCUACGACUCGGCCUCCCUGGGCUGGUCGAGCUGCAGCCGGCAGUACAUCACGCGCUUCCUCGACCGGGGAUGGGGCCACUGCCUGAACGACUGGCAGAGCCACCACUUCGUCCCCACGGGGAUGCCCAUGGUGCCGCCCGGAGUGCUCUACGAUGCCAGCCACCAGUGCCGCCUACAGUACGGCACCACGUCGGCCCACUGCCCCAGGAUGGGGGAUGUCUGCCGUGCGCUGUGGUGCGAAGUGGGAACCGCUUGCUACACCAAGUACGACGCGCCGGUGGACGGCACGUGGUGCGGCGACAACAAGUGGUGCAUGGGAGGAGAGUGCGUGGUGGCGGGAACGUGGCCCAUGCACGUGCACGGCACGUGGGGUCCCUGGAGCUCCUGGUCGGUGUGCUCGCGGACGUGCGGCGCGGGCGCCCAGAGCAUGGAGCGGCAGUGCAACAACCCCACCCCGCGGUUCGGAGGAGAAUACUGCACGGGCGACUGGCGCCGGUACCGCGUCUGCAACACCGAGGCCUGCCCCCUCAACGGCACCUCCUUCCGCCAACUCCAGUGCAGCGAGUUCGACAAGGUUCCCUACAGGCGGCAGAUGUACACCUGGCUGUCCGUGCCGUACCCCGAUAACCCCUGUGAGCUGCACUGCCGCCCCACGGAUGGCCGCUUUUCAGAGCGGCUGAGGGACUCGGCUGCCGACGGCACGCCGUGCGGCCUGCCCUCGGAAGGCCUGAGCAUCUGCAUAAACGGUAUCUGUAAGAAGCUGGGCUGUGACUUUGUGAUCAGCUCCCUGGCCACAGAAGACCGCUGUGGCGUCUGCAAAGGCGAUAACUCCACCUGCAGAACCAUCUCGCGAAACUUUGAUCUGCAGGAGGGAUUUGGGUACGUGGACGUGGGCCUCAUUCCCGUGGGCGCGUACGACGUGCUGGUGGAGGAGCUAGCCGAGGCCGGCAACUUCCUGGCACUGCGAACCGCCGAGGGCGGGCGGCCGCUGCUCAACGCCGGCUGGGUCAUCCAGUGGAGUGGCGUCUACCCGCUGGCCGGAACCACCUUCACUUACCAGCGGCAUCAGAACCACGAGAGGCUGAGCGCGCCGGGACCGACGCAAGAGCGCAUCUGGAUACAGCUCCUGUACCAGGCGAGGAACCCCGGCGUUCGAUUCCAGUACACGGUAAACAGCCCGUGGGCGGUGCGCGGCGGAGGUGCUGCGGGAGCCUCAAAUUCGCGCCCAAGCUUCUCCUGGCUCUAUGGCUCCUGGACCGAAUGCUCAAGCACCUGUGGAUCAGGUGUUCAGUACAGGGAGCCGCACUGCACGGAGGAGUCGCUGGGGAUUGUCGAGAAAAGGUUCUGUGACCCCGCCACGCUGCCCAAUGACACGCGGAAGGAAUGCAACACACAGGACUGCCCUGCACGCUGGUGGACUGGAGAGUGGCAGGAGUGUUCGGCCACCUGCGGGGAGCUGGGCCUCAGCAAGCGGAGCGUGCGGUGUGAGCGUGGCGGCAGAGCGGCUGGGCCCCACGAGCCCAGCCUCCCAGACUCCCACUGCUACCACAGGCCCAAGCCAAAGACUCGCACCCCCUGCAACCGGGGGAUGCCCUGCCCUGCCCGCUGGCUCGUCGGCGACUGGUCCCAGUGCUCCGUGUCCUGCGGUGGGGGCCACAGGACGCGUGCCACCUACUGCGACGAUCGCCGCAACAGGACAGCCUGCGAGGGCAGGGCCCGGCCUGCCGCCAUGGAAGAAUGCAAUCUCACCGAGUGCCCGUCCGCCAGUGACGGGCACCAAAGCGUGCCGAAGCAUGGCGUCGCCGGGCGGCAGCGGGACAUGUCCAACGAGCUGCAACCGCGUCCACAUUUUGUCCCACCACUAGACCAGCUGCUGCCCAGUGGCAACGGCGGACCCCUCGAUAGUUUCGGCAAACCGGCGAGCACCGGCCAGGGUCAUGGGUCGGGGGAAAUUCACGAGAGAAACCAGCUGCCUUCUGCCGAACCGGAGUCUUCGGGAGACAAGGGCGACAACUCCAUCAAAGGAAGGCUUUACCACCAGCAUCAAAAGGGCAUUGGGAAAAACAAGUUGAAGAACAACGUGGUGGUGGACCUCUUCGAUUAUGACUACAACUUCAUUGGUUUUCACGAAGAUCUGCUCAUCAAAGACUUUUAUAAGAACGGACCCGGGGCCAGCACGGCUUUGCAGGUGACACCAUUGAAAGGCUCCCAGUCAGAUGCGCCAUUAAUGCUGUUGAGAGAUGAAGCCGUAUCACCCACUGAGGUUGCUGGUCCUGUUCCCAAGUCAGACCACUUAGAGCGAAACCAGAGAAAUGUUUUUCAGGAGCAGUUCAUUAUCAGCAGCACUCCGGAUGAUAUGUUCAUCUUGGAAGAAAGGCUCGGAGCAUCUGGAACUGCGCCGCCCGAUAUAGUGACGAAUGUUGCGCGCAAAUCCCAAAAAACAAGCUCUACCGUCCAUAUUAUUAACGAUGAAUAUACUGCUCAGUCCCACUUCGGUGACUCUGCCACUGCGAAGACUUUAUUCGAGAGCCCCAGCCGCAUGCAUUCCCAUGGUUACCCUCCAACAUCGCCCACUGAAACCACGGCAGAGAAAAGCUCAGGUGCACACACCUUUGAGAUGCCGUCACCCAGCAGCACACCGAUGGCCAGGAGUAAAAGGCUACCAGCCCUUGACGUUUCUCGAAGCGUCACAGUUAAGAGUCCAGGGAAAGAAGCCACGACAGUGGCAGGGCUGCGCGACCUGCGGGGCGUUCAUGUGGCCACGUCGGCGCCUGACGGCAACAGUUUCAGGUCAGCUUCAUCACAAAGCCCCGGACAAAUCGAAGCACCGGGCGCAGUGCCGAUGGCAGAGAGCGUGGACGAUGAGAGCACAGAGGAAACCCCCACAACCGAAAGGUCAAAUUCACGUCUCACAGUGGGGCCCAAGGCACCAGCGGAAGACUUCAAUGAAGUCACACUCACUAACGCAAGUGUGGAUGUUGCUGCAACUAAAGAUUCUUUAAACCAAAGAAGUGUAUUUGAUGAUAUCAUCGGCUAUGAUGAUGAUGAGGGUGGUGGUGGUGGUGGCACUGACAUUGAUCAAAUUGAUGGUGAUUCUAGUCCUCCAGAAAGAGACUGGUGGAUGGAAAUGGAUGAAUUUACCACAUCCACAACGUCGCCCUUGGCCACCAAGCAACCUUCUGCUACCUCCUCGUUUGAGAAGUCCAAUCGUGCAAACGAAAGUCCCGCUUUGCCUGGACACUGGUUCGUUGGUGUCUGGAGUGAGUGCUCUGUGAGCUGCGGGCUGGGAGCCAUGUGGAGAGCCGUGCGGUGCAGCUCUGGGCGGCUCGACGACUGCGAUGCAGCCAAGAGGCCGGAGCCGGCGCGCCGGUGCCACGUCCGCCCCUGCGCCGUUUGGACCAUGGGCAACUGGAGCCAGUGCUCGGAGGAGUGCGGCGACGGCGGGGUGAAGACGCGUGUGGUGCAGUGCGUGGAUGCGCACAAGCCCGGCCAGGCCUUGCGUCCGUUCCACUGCCACUCACGGGGAUACACGCCGCCCACCAGCCUCGCCUGCAACUCAUAUCCCUGCCCCGAGUGGAGCACCGGCAAUUGGAGCCAAUGCUCGCGGGAGUGCGGCGGAGGUUGGCAGCACAGGUCGGUGACGUGCCCCCCGGGACAUCGGUGUGACGAUGACGGCGACGGCAGUCCCAAGCCCCCCCCCAUUGCACUCCGCCCCUGCAAUCCGCAACCGUGUCUCGAGUGGACGGUCGGACGGUGGGGAGAGUGCAGCGUCUCCUGCGAUGGAGGGGUUCAGCAGCGGAUGGUGCAGUGCGUGACUGUGGCGACGCGGCAGCAAGGAGGAAACGGGACGUGGUGCGGAACUCUGCCGCGUCCGGAGACAAUCAGAGCCUGCGGCAUGCACCCCUGCGACACGAUACCUGAGUCCGCGUGCCACGAGGACGCGAUGCCGCCCGUGCACUGCGGGCUGCUGGCGGCCGCCGGGGGCUGCGUCGCGCCGGGCGUGCGCUCUAAGUGCUGCAGCACGUGCCGCCUGCUCGCCGCUACCCACCCGCACGGAGACGCCGGCGGGGAAGGCGACGCGACGGGACGCCGAGAGGCGGCUGGGAGCCCCUCCCACAGGGUGGCAACGGGCACGGUUUGACACCGGUGAUGAUGGAGCGGUGUGUUGUACGUUUCAAAAUCUCACGUGUCCUCAAUCACCAUGUACAUAAGCCUCGUCUAAACUAGUGUUGGCCAAUUUGUUGUUGAAUCUUGAUUUGAAGCUUUCGUGACUGCAGGAAUCCGUGCUCUUUGGUUCUUUCGGUAAAGUCACGUAGGUAGAAAUAAAAUCAAAACAAAUCUCGACUUUUCGAUCGCAACACAAGCGAUCGAAACGUCAUGAUUUGUUUUAUUUGAUUUUAUUUCUAACUACGUGACUUUACCGAAAGAACCAAAGAGUAAUUUGUUGUUAGUUUCAACUUGACUUUUUGGAAUUAAAUGUCGGUUCGAUGAUGAUGUAACUACCAACGCAGUCGAUAGUCAAAUUCGGUAAUAUCAUCAAGCGAACGAUCUCUGGCCCGCAAAGGGCCUUCCUCCUGGUGCUCCUGGCCGUUCAAAUAAAUUGGAAAUGAGACCUCUGGACACAUCACAUGCAAACCUCCUCCUCCACAAGCGGGCAGCUCACUCGCAGUCCACCGGCACUCGCUGUUCGCUGCCGGUUAAGGUGUUAGUUUGAAUCGAUCAAUCGAUUUAGUCAAAAGUCGAUCAAUUCCGAUCGGACGGCUGCUCUUUGCGGAACGCCGCUCGUCGCGCUGUAAGGGAAGAAGCACAGUCAGAUCGAGUUGUACACAUGGGGGACCUUUGAAGUUACAUCGUCGGGAUUUGGCAAUCAUCACAAACAUAUUGCGUACAAAAGAGCACACCGUAUGGUGUGUACUCUCAUCGUACUGGCAAGCUGUUGUUUUUUUUUAUAUCUUCACGAUUAUAGAAGUGCACUGAUGCAUUGGCGCCAAUUGCAAAGAGCGUUAGCAGUAAGCGAUCAUAAAAGCAACCUCAGAAGUGUUAAUUAACAAAUUGUGCACAUCCAGACAUUGCUUUGCAUAUCCAUUAUAUGAGAAAUGCAGUGGAACGAUGCACCAUAUUUAUUUCACGGUUUGGUAGGUAUUCAUUUGCAUUCAAACAACGAUGACUUUUUUUUAUUAAAAAAACGUCACAUUGAGGUUGUUUUUCAGGUAUACAACAAUCGGACGAAAUAAAUUGGUUUGCUU